UUGGUCUCCACAAACCCUAUUCAAACCUUUCCCCCCAAUAUUAAUAUGUGAAAGGCUCGCAGCAAAACACGACCGCCCCGCAAUCUCCAGUUCUGUUGUCAGCUAUUACUAGCCAUUGAUAGCCACUGUGCUGACACUGCAAAAGGUUACGCGCUCCCUCACCGAGCUCCUUCCGACGCAGGUACGAAGCUACACGACAGACACAGCGCCCGUUAUCUGCUAGAAUUUCGCGCCCCAAUCUACCUUCCUUUUCGCAAUUUUGCAGGGCCCCAAAACUUCCGUCCGUCGGGAAAUUUCCCACGCACAAGAAAAUUCGCCCGAGCCAUUUUCACGUGACGUGACCUAGAUUCUCUGCCAAGAGGGGAGACCGCUGCUGGGGCCAUCCACUCCCUAUUCCAUACUCACAUAAGUAGAGAGGGGCUGAGAGAUAGGGCUGUGGAGCCACAACUAGACCCUUAGAGAAGGCUAUCACGGGAGGCAAAACGCAGAGGUACAGAGCCAAUUGGCUCAAUCGGACUACUCCUUGAUCAUGUCCAACAGGUACCAGAGCAACAGGAGGGACUAUCAUAUCGUCGUUCUGGGCGCAGGUGGCGUGGGCAAGAGUUGCCUUACUGCACAGUUUGUCCAAAAUGUGUGGAUAGAGAGCUAUGAUCCCACCAUCGAGGAUUCGUACAGGAAGCAGAUCCAAGUCGAUGGGAGGCAAUGCAUGCUAGAGAUUCUCGACACCGCAGGAACUGAACAGUUCACCGCAAUGAGGGAACUGUACAUGAAGACGGGCCAGGGCUUCCUCCUCGUCUUCUCCAUCACCAGCCGCAGCAGUCUCGAGGAGCUCUCCGAGCUGCGCGAGCAGAUCAUCCGCAUCAAGGACGACGAGCACGUGCCCAUCGUCAUUGUGGGGAAUAAAUCCGACCUCGAGGGCGACCGCAUGGUGAGUCGGUCCAAGGCGUUCGCGCUGAGCCAGAGCUGGGGCGAUGCGCCGUAUUACGAGACCUCGGCGAGGCGACGAGCGAAUGUCGAUGAGGUCUUCAUCGAUCUCUGCCGGCAGAUCAUCCGCAAGGGCAACGACGUGACGCAGGAGCCGGAAUACGAACCCGAGGUGCCAAAGAAGGAGAAGACGCGCCGGCACCUGCUGCGCCGGAAGGACGGUCCUCGGUGCACGAUUUUGUGAGCGUGGAGCGGGUAUGGCUCGAGGAGGGGGG